CAAGAGUAUUUAAAAAUUUGUUGGCUGUGCCAGCUUUGUUCAAUGCUUCGCACGAUCAUAUUGCGCUGCACUUUGGUGCUGUUGGCGUCCGCCACCAAUGUACACUAUGAAUACAGCAUGGACUAGGGGAGUUUUACAUGACUGCUCAAUUCGCCAACGCCGUUCGUAAUUGAUUUUUCUUGAUUUCGAAAAAGGUGGCUUUGAAUUCUUUGUAGCCGAUGAUAUGAAAGUACAUUUGUUUUAUAACAGCAAUUCGUCAUCCAUCCACUCACUGAACUCUGCUGCUUCUUUCUUUUCUUCGUUUCAUUAUUGAAUUCCCAAAAUGGCCGCUAAAUCUACUAGCGCUGGCAUAAGCAGCAAUGUGUAGGGUGGACUGAAUGGGCAAUGCCCCUAAAGCGGAUACCACCUGAUGAAAAGGAGUCACUCGCUUAGCGCCACCUAUUUGACUGCGAUAAGUCAAGUUGAACUCGCCCAGUGCACGCGCAAGUUAACAUCAGGUUACCAUCGACGUAAUAUCUAAGCUUCCGCCUAGAGAAUGUCAUCAACUUCGGCGGCCAGUGGCAGCGGAGCAGGCAGUGGAAGUUCAACCGCUUCAACCGCCACCGCACCGAAUCCAAACAACAGCAUGAACGCGAGCAGCGGUCGCGGCCGCAACAGCAACUCUGCUGGUGCCAACUCUAAUAAUUCAGGUGCCGGUAGCUCUAAUUCCAAUUCUAACAAUUCGGUAAAUGCUGUUGCAUCAGCUGCUGCAGGUGCCGGCACUGCAGGUGAAGAGACUCGUAAAGAUCCAAAACCAAAUCCAAAAAUCUCCAAAGCAUUGGGUACCUCAGCUAAGCGCAUACAAAAGGAAUUGGCCGAAAUAACACUUGAUCCACCACCAAAUUGCAGUGCUGGCCCUAAAGGUGAUAAUCUGUAUGAAUGGGUCUCUACAAUAUUGGGACCACCUGGCUCAGUGUACGAGGGAGGUGUCUUCUUUUUAGAUAUACAUUUUUCACCGGAGUAUCCCUUCAAACCGCCAAAGGUUACAUUUCGUACGCGUAUCUAUCACUGCAAUAUAAAUAGUCAGGGUGUAAUUUGCUUGGAUAUUCUCAAGGAUAAUUGGUCACCAGCGUUGACCAUUUCAAAAGUGUUGCUGUCAAUUUGUUCCCUGCUAACUGAUUGCAAUCCUGCGGACCCUCUGGUGGGCAGCAUCGCCACUCAAUAUUUGCAAAAUCGUGAGGAACACGAUAGAAUCGCACGACUUUGGACAAAAAGAUAUGCAACAUGAUUUCCUAAUCUUGUAAGUCCCGUCAUUAAAAUAAAACUAUGUAACAUCAGCAGCAACACAAGUAAUAAAACAAAAACAGCAAAACAUUUGAAACGAAUAAUUGCAAACAUCAUCCUGCAAGAGAAUGAUAAUGGUAAAAAUUAUAAUUUUAAAAGGAAAUUAUCUCUCCUAACUAUGUAUAACACUAUAUAAUAUAUAUUAGUAAUUAAUUAUAAAAAAUAAUACCUUAUAUAACAAAACACAAAAAACAUAUGUAAUAAUUAAGCGAUGUUGAGUAGGAGCAAGGGACUAGAAGCAUACAUGUCAUUGGCUUUUCUUAUUAUGAUCUAUUUUGUUUUUUAUAAAAAACAAGACAAA